GGAGGGGCGCGUCCUGCUCGGCGGGGCCGCGGCAGAGCGCUGCGCAGCGGGCAGGUGCGGCGGCUCGGGCUGGAGCCGGAGCCGGCAGGUCCGUGCCUCCCGCGCUGCUCUCACGCCGGCAGCAUGAAGGUCGAGUUUGCCCCCAUCAACAUCCCUCUAAAGAGGAGGAUCCAGACAGUCGCCGUGCUGCAGUGGAUCUUCUCCUUCCUCCUGCUGGCAGAGUUUUGCUGUGGAUUCUUUGUGAUCCUGAUCCUGGGCAACUUCUGGUUCCUUGCUGUUCUGUACCUGCUGUGGCUCUACCUCGACUGGGAUACACCAUGUGCUGGGGGCAGACGGUCCCAGUGGGUCAGAAGCUGGACUGUUUGGAAGUACUUCAGGGAAUACUUCCCCAUUCAUCUUAUAAAAACUUCAGAACUGAACCCAAAUCACAACUACUUACUUGGCUUUCACCCUCAUGGGGUCCUGGUAGCUGGAGCCUUUGGAAACUUUUGCACCGAACCUACUUUCAAAAAUUUAUUUCCUGGGCUUACUCCAUAUCUUCAUAUCAUGCCCAUCUGGUUUGGCUGCCCCUUCUUCAGAGAAUACAUAAUGAGUGCUGGAAUGGUUUCUGCAUCCAAGGAAAGUGUCUCACAUGUGCUGAAUAAUGAAGGMGGUGGCCAUGCAUCCGUCAUUGUGAUUGGAGGAGCAGAGGAAUCUCUGAAUGCACAUCCUGGAAGUCUAACCUUGAACAUCCUCAAGAGGAAAGGCUUUAUUAAAAUGGCCCUGAAGCAUGGGGCUCAUCUGGUCCCGGUGUUUUCCUUUGGUGAAAAUGAACUAUUUAAGCAAGUUGCAAACCCCAAAGGUUCAUGGCUCAGAAAAGUACAGGAAAAAUUGCAAAAGAUAAUGGGCUUUGCUUUACCGCUGUUUCAUGCUAGAGGAGUAUUCCAAUACAGUUUUGGCUUAAUACCUUACAGRCAACCUAUUCAUACUGUUGUGGGAAGCCCCAUCCCUGUAAAACAGAACUUGAACCCCACCACUGAAGAGAUUGAUGAGCUACAUGCCUUGUAUCUACAGAAAUUAAGGAAAUUAUUUGAAGAACACAAAAGCAAUUAUGGCAUCCCUGAGCAUAAAUCUCUCAUCUUCGAGUAGCAAAUUACAAUUUGUAAUUCUGAAUCUCGUGCAAAGGAGCAGUGUCUGCUGAAAGAUGUCUUUCUUGCAAUCCAUAUUUUGCAAUCUUUAAUUAUCCUUAUGUAAGGAAUACUUUUAAGAAGGGAUUAUUAGAUGAUUUAUUGAUUUUUAUCUUAUUCUUGGGCGGUGGGGGUGAGGGAGGGAUCAYUGGGAUGUAAGCCUCGAAGCCAGUCCUGUUUUGAGUUGUCCUUUUAAGUUCAUGUGUGCCAGAAAUGCAAAUGAGAGACUGCACACAGAUGUUCUUACCACCAUGGUACCUACCCAUAGCUUGAGCAUAGGAAAUUGCCCCAGCAUGAGAUCACUAGCAGAAGUAUAAACCCAAAAAGUCUUUGAUUAGAGGCUGAGAGACUUACCAGCAUUUAUCAAACAUGACAUCAGGUUGUUCUCUGAACAUCAGAAACCCCUGCUGCUCUUCCACAGAAAUGAAGGUCUGUGUUUUCAGCAGAUGGCUACUGUGGACUGCUUACAUGUGAAUUCAAGAAUAAAUAGGAGCCUUCARCCCUGAAUAGGAUAUUGGCAAAAAUGGUUUGUCCAAGUCAUGGAGCAGAGCAAACCUUCUGUUUGGACAACAGUGUGUUUUGAGUUUCUGUGUGCAUGUUGUGUGCCAAGUGGUGGGAAGCACUGAAUGAUGUGACUUUUCUGGACAAUCUGUGUUUUGGCUCAUAARUUUGGAAGAUGAAGCAGCUUUGGUAGUUUCAGCCUCAGAAGAGAUGGCAGGAGAAGUGAGGGAAUCAUGUGAACUCUUCAUCCUGUGCAAAAUAAAAAUGAUCAUAUGUCAAGCACUUGCACAGAAGGCAAGGGAGCCAAAUUUUAUCAGUCAAUUCUGAAAUUUCUCCAAGGAAAUUGUACUUGAUAAUGCCUUUUUCUCCCCCACUGACAGAUGUGGGGAAGUAUGUGCAAAGCCGUGCUACAGGGUGACACAGCUGCAAUGCCAAGACAGUGUGAGCACAGCUCUAGGGUGCAGCAGGUUAAGAGGAUGCAUUUUGUAUAAACUGGGUGCCUGGAUUUGAGAAAAGGCUUAUCCUAAAUGUGUAUGCCCACUUCAGAAAAGAAAAGAGAAAAAUCUUAGCCAAACUCCUUUUCAGUGAAAAUACCUAGGUCUUGGAGAUUAUUGUGUGUGGAAAGAAUUGUAGUAUAUUACUGAAUUUUUAUGAGAUAAAUUCUUGUAUUUGUACAUGCUUUCUGUCUGCAUGCAGACUUUGCAGAUCUGAUGUUAGUGAAGAAUUUGUUCUGCUUAAAGCAGAUUUGGUGCCUGAAUAUUAUGCCAGUUAGGUGCUCUGACAGGUCAUGCAUGGGCUUCUCAGGCAGCCUAGGGCAUCUGCAGUUGGCUCAGUUCAGCACUGGGAUGCUCCAGGAAAAGCAGCACUGGACACWGUGUAUUUGUUUGGCUCUCCGAAGAAACACAGCUGGGGCUUUGGGAACAAGGUAGAGCUCUGGAAAUAUUUCUUAGCAAGAUGAAGGUGUUUAAAGAAAAGAGGGUAAAUAUCUUGACUUCUACUCAGUGAACUCUGACUGAACCAAUGCCCCAAAGCCAAAUGAGUAUCUGCCAGCCAGAGAGGAUGUCUGUGCUCCAAAAAGCCCUCCAGCAACAAGGUGGUUUCCUUAAGAGGGUUCUUCCUUCAGUGCCGAUUUGUCAUCCGGAUGUAAACAGCACUGAGCCACUGAGUCCUGCUCUCAUUUUCUCUACAAUGACACAGUCAUUCUGGGGACCAGGGCUGGAAUUUGCAGUGCCUGAAGAAGCCCCUCUUCCCUGACAGGCUGCUGUCAAUGUGCUCACAAUUCACCUCUACCUGAGCUUUCUUGGUGCCAGUGUGCUUGCCCCCCAUUCCCAUGCGUUUGCUGAUCACUGAUGACCAAUGUGGUGUGGGUAUCUUGCUUCCUCACUUUAUGUCUGCCUUUCCCUGUGUUGAGAUCUCUGGUCUCUAUGCAUGGGAAAUAUGGAGUGGUGRCUUAUCAUUCAGCAGAAGUGGGUUUUAGGGAGCAGGGUUUGAGAAGAGGAGGCACUGUGGCUGUGCAUGUGUGACACGAGCUUCAGAUCAGCGUUGUUUCAGCUCUGGGAAGGGUAUGUGACCUAGGGAGGUCAGACAUGGCAGGUUUGAUACCUGGCAGGAGGUCUCAGGGUCCUGAGGAUUGUACAAAGCAAUGAUGAUCCCUGAGCAGUUGCUUUUGCUUAGCCAGCUGUAUGAAAUUUCCUUUGGAUUUGACUCUUUCCUGCUUGCCCUGAUGGAUGGAGCUGAUUAUUCAUGAAAGAAGAAUUUGGAGUCUGUGUCAGACUGUUCUCUCCUAGGUCAUCUGCUCUAAUGAGAUAUUUCCUCUCAUUCGCAGUCUGUUCCUUUCCCAUUACCUUAAUGAUACAGAAGAUCAGGCUGUAAAUUUAAAAAUGYUAGUGUUGUGUUGAGGAUGGGAAGUAAUAAUGGUCUUUUGUUGAUCAAAUUAACCCAAACUUUUAGGAAAUAUGUGGAUAUUGAUUUUGGCACAAUAUCUGUCAAAAGAGUACCCUACAAACAGGCUUUCCUCUGAAUCUCACAAGAAAAUUAUCUGUGGGCUCUGUACCAUCCGUAACUGACUCAGAUAGAACAAGUAGGGAUUGUGUUACUAUGGCUACUAAUAUUGUCAUUGCUUUGUAACAAUGGAGAUGGUAAAAAAACAAAAAACCCAACAAAAUCUMCAAACAACUCAAAUAUUUAUURUUGYAC